AUGAUACUGUAUGAAGCAGGUCUUGUUAGUCAGGGCAUUACUCCAUCUGGAAUCUCUGACUAUAAGGUCGCAACCUUCAGCUUUGGUGCUUCACCCCCAGUAGAAUUCCCCACCAGGGAUAAGUGGGCUGGAUCCGAUCAACUGUUUGAUGGAAUUAAAAAAAAUUAUAUAUAUUUAAUUACUUUUCUUUGUAGAGUUCACCAGUUCACCAAAGUCGAAAUGUUUUCUGUCUGUUCUCAAAAUCAAUCCGAAGAUAUGUUGGAAAGCUUCAAAGAUUUAGAAAUGGAUUUAUUCAAAAAGCUAGAUCUAAAUUUUAGACUUUUAGAUAUGCCACCGACAGAGCUAGGAGCUUCUGCUUAUCAAAAAUAUGAUAUUGAAACAUGGAUGCCCGGAAGGAAAUUGUGGGGUGAAAUUUCAAGUUGCAGUAACUGUACAGACUACCAAUCUAAACGCCUUAAUAUAAAAUACAUUGCAAAUAGCGGUGAUGUACUUUACGCACAUACUGUAAAUGGGACUGCAUCAGCUAUACCUAGGUUAUUGAUUAGUCUGGUCGAAUCUAAUCAGAUAGAUAAAAACACUGUGAAAUUGCCCAAUAUUCUCUUAAAUUAUUUAAGAAAAUCCGAAGUUGGUAAAGAAAAAAGUAUUCCAGAGAUUAAAUUAGUAAAACAUAUUAAGUCUAAUUCAAAACUAUAACUGUGUGAAUGUUUGUAAAUAUUGUACUAUUUAAAAUUUUUUUAUUUUGAAAAUUGUUUAUCGAUUUAUUUAAAAACAUUGUGUUAAUAUAUUGUUAAUUGUUGCUGAAUAUGCUACACAAUUAAAUAAAUAUUGUUUAUAUAAAUCUGAACUCAAGCUCAUUAAAAAGGAGAUGAGAUUGAAAAGAUUUUCCACAUUUU